UCCGCAGGGGGAAACAACGAAGAGAUCUUACGCCGGACAAACUCGACUGCGCCUCGAUUGAUGACUGCAUUGGCGUCUUAAAAGGGCGGCAACCCCUCGACGGCCUUUUCUGUCGUUUAGCAACCGUCUAUCCUCUCCCCCACCGCCAGUUGAAUCAAAGCUCCCGAUUACUUUCCCUAAGAGAGCUGCUAGACACCGGUAAAGAUCGUUCGACUCCGUCUGCCUUCGAAGCACUUGAUCCCUCCCGCCUGCCGAACGCCGACAAGACCCGCGGCCAACUUGAGGUGGGCCGGUAACAGCCAAAGGAAAGAAGGAUCAUACGGUUGUGGGGACAAUCAUGACGGACGUGGCCGAUUCCCCAGCGGCCCGUAACCGCGAGCGGCGGGAGAAGGCCCAUGAGGCCGACGUCGUUGUAGUCGGCGCCGGAGUCUUCGGGUGCGCCAUUGCCUUCGCACUUGCCAAUCAAGGGCGCAGCGUCAUCCUGCUGGAGCGGUGGAUGCACGAGCCGGACCGGAUCGUCGGCGAGCUGCUGCAGCCCGGCGGCGUCGAGGCGCUGAAAAAGCUAGGGCUCGAGAGGUGUCUUGAGGACAUCGACGCCGUGCCGUGUUAUGGAUACCACGUGCUGUUCAGAGGGUCCGAGGUAUCGUUUCCUUAUCCGCCUGUCAGCGGCGAGGGGAGAGUGAUCGUUGGAGCGGGGAGCAAGAAGGAGGUGAAUGGCCAUGUCAAUGGGCACAGCAAGGGGGAGAAGACCCCUGUGCGGCCCGAGGGAAGGGGCUUCCAUCACGGCAGGUUCAUCAUGCAACUGCGUAAGGCAUGCAUGGGGCACCCAAACAUCAGCAUAUUCGAGACGGAAGUCACGGCGACCAUCAAAGGACAGUACGGCGAUGCUGUAUUAGGCGUAGAGACGCGGACGAAGGACCCAGAAACAGGCAAGAAGAAGCCCGACACCUUCUUCGGCCAGCUAACCAUCAUUGCGGACGGCUACGCAUCCAUCUUCCGCAAAGAGAUCCUCGGCACCGCGCCCGUCGUACGCAGCAAGUUCUACGCCCUCGAACUCAUCGACUGCCCCUUCCCGCCGGCCAAUACCGGCCACGUCGUGAUCGGCGACCAAUGCCUCGCCCUACUCUACCAAAUCGGCACGCACGAAACCCGCGCCCUCAUCGACGUCCCCCUUGACCACCCUGCCGCCUCACCCGCCAAGGGCGGCGUGCGCGGGUAUAUCGAGAACAUCGUCAUCCCCUCCUUGCCGCCGCACGUCCAGCCCAGCGCCCGCGCCGCCCUCGCCGACGGCAAGAUCCCCAAGAGCAUGCCCAACAGCUGGCUGCCCUCCAAGAAGCAAACUACGCACGACGGCGUCAUCGUGCUGGGCGACGCCCACAACAUGCGGCACCCGCUGACGGGAGGCGGCAUGACAGUGGCCUUCAACGACGCCCAUCUCCUCUCGACUCUACUCGACCCGGCGCAGGUGCCCAACCUAGGCGACCACGCGGCCGUGCGCCGCGCCAUGGCCACCUUCCAUUGGCGCCGCAAGUCGCUGACCUCCAUCAUCAACGUGCUGGCGCAGGCGCUGUACAGCCUGUUCGCGGCCGAUAACUGGCAGCUGCGCGCGCUACAGCGCGGCUGCUUCCGCUACUUCCAAAAAGGCGUCACCGACGAGCCGGUCGCCCUGCUGGGCGGUAUUUUGCGACGGCCGCUGACACUGGCGUAUCAUUUCUUCAGCGUGGCCUUCCUAGCGAUCUGGGUGAACACGGUGGAGGUGUGCGGCGGCGCAUUGGGCCCGCUGAUGCUCCCAGUAGCGCUGGUGCAAGCCGUGCUGAUUCUGUGGAAGGCGUGCGUGGUGUUCUUGCCUGUUUUCGGCACCGAGCUGCGGUAGUAGAGAAGGCCGAGGUUGUGGGAUGCAUGGGGAUGACCCUGUUUAGAUUCAGGUGUAUAUGAGGAUUGCUUUCUUGAUUAUUUUGUUAGUAAUGACGGCUUUCACUUAGACAUUUGGUAAUGGUAAUGAGAGACGGUUUGGACA